UGCGCCCAAGUAGAGCCAAAUGGAUGGUCUAGGGCUUUAGUGGUUUAGGAUGGCUAAGGAUGGGAGGCCAGGGGUGGAAGCAAGGAGUGACUGGAGCUGAGGUUGGAGUUGAGGUCGGCGAGACACAGCCAGCUUUGAAAGUUGGGUUAAGAUGAUGGGGCUAAGGCCCACAUGGGGCCUCAUCUGGAAGGUAGGGGAUUCCCUGAAGAGUUUUGACUGGUUGUAUUGGGGUGUUUGCUCCGGCAUCUACAAAAGCACCCCCGGUCUCUGUCCCUGUGGUUUGGAUGGGACUGCGCUUCCACCCCCUGCAUAUGCAUACUCCACACAUAUACCUAGAGUGAGAACCAGGUGGCAGAACUGUCCUCCCGUUAACUUAGAAGGUGUUCAGAGGAUAUGGAGGAGCUCCAGGGUCUUAGUUAUGGACCCCAUUCUCAUCAGGGCACACCCACCAGAAGCAAGAUGCUAGAGCCAUUUGGUUUUGCAUGCUUGAGCUCAGUUGCAAACCCAAGGAGUCAGUGGCCAGGCUGGAUACUUGGCCACUGUGCACUGAGGGAGCAGUGCAUUUGGGUUCACAGGCUCACAAGGAUGGCACCCAUAGGGCAAUGAUUCCUCUGAUGAAAUCAGGGUGCCUGUAUACAAGGAGAAGGGAAUGGAUACUGGAAGAGCAUUCCCUUUGGCCAUAAGGAAUACAUAUCCUCUCCUUUAACUCAUAGGCACUUAGAUUUGUUCACCAAUAGAGACUCAGCCUAAAUGAGUCCAAAAACAAUCAUUUGUGGAGUUGUUUGCUUGUUUUUUGCUCAAAUGAUGGGGAAGCAAUUGGGGUUCUCUUUCCCCCAGGGACAGAUGGCAGGAUAUGAGCCUAGGGCUAUGGGAGUUGUCCUUGAUACCUCUUGGGGUGAGUUUGCCUGAGACUGAUGCAAACAGAAGCAGGUACGUACCUGAUGCCACGGCAGGAAUACCUGGAAGCAACUAUGACCAAAGCUAGAAUCUCUACCCUGGGACUUGCCAGUUACAUGAGCUAGUCCCCUUUGAGCUCAAACCUUUUUUCUUUCUUUCUUUGUUUUUUGGAGACAGGGUCUCACUCCAUUCCUUAGGCUGGAAUGCAGUGGUAUGAUCUUGGCUCACUGCAACCUCUGCCUCCCGGGUUCAAGCAGUUCUCCACAGGCAUGUGCCAUCAUGCCCGGCUAAUUUUUUUUUUGGUAGAUGUGGUGUACAGCUCAAACCUAUUUGAGGGUUCUGUCACUUGCAACCCCAAAUGUGCCAGCUGAUGUGGUGGAGGGUGUUUUUGGAAAACACCUUAAGUGCAGUGGAGAAGUUGGACGAAAAAUAGCCCAAUUAAAAGGCGGAUGGACAGCCAGGUUCAGAAUGGCCUCUGCAAGCUUGGACCUCGGGGUAGACAGUGGGGCCCUCUCUAGGGGUCAUCUGUUCCCUAGGGGAAGGCAUGUCCACAGAGGCCAGGGCUGUGGAUUCGGCACUAGGUCCUCCUUCCCCUGCUGCUUGCUAGUAGGCAUGUGGUGGUGUACGCCUGCUGGGCACCUAACAGAAGGGGUCGUGAGUUGAGAGAGAGCCACAUUGGGGUGCCUGCCUGCCCCGGGGCCCUGCCCACUGCGUGUGCGCAGCCCCUGUCAGGAUGUGACGGGGGCCUGGACGUGUGUGUGCUCUCGAAGCUGAGCUGUGUGCACGUCGGGGUUCUCGACCUUAGCUGCCUGGCUGGGCAUCCAGCGUGCAUGACCGGUGUGGCCGGGGCUCCAGCCCGGCGUGUGCACUGGAUCUGCCGGCACGUGCCUCCCUGUGAGGGUGCCCUGGCGGGUGUGAGCCCGGUGGGCUGGAGAGAGUCGGGGCUCGGCGCCGCAGGUCCCGCGCGGCCCCGGGUGAGGCACGCCCGCGCGCCCGCCGGCGCCAUGGGAAGGAGCGGGCGCCGCUGUUGUCGUCCCCCGCCGGCGCGCGCACGACUUGAGACCUGCCACGGGCAGCCCCCGGCCGCGGGUCCCCGAGUGACGCUGGCGGCACCUGAGAGUGUGGCGCGGGCCCGGGGCCACGCAGAGGAGCCCAGUGUCCAGUGAAGCGGCUGAGGACCCGCCGCCCGUGCCGCCGCCAUGGUGAUGUCCCAGGGCACCUACACAUUCCUCACGUGCUUCGCCGGCUUCUGGCUCAUCUGGGGUCUCAUCGUCCUGCUCUGCUGCUUCUGCAGCUUCCUGCGCCGCCGCCUCAAACGGCGCCAGGAGGAGCGACUGCGCGAGCAGAACCUGCGUGCCCUAGAGCUGGAGCCCCUCGAGCUCGAGGGCAGUCUGGCCGGUAGUCCCCCGGGCCUGGCGCCGCCGCCGCCACCACCGCACCGCAGCCGCCUAGAGGCGCCGGCGCACGCGCACUCGCAUUCGCACGUGCACGUGCACCCGCUGCUGCACCACGGGCCCGCGCAGCCGCACCCGCACCCGCACCCGCACCACCACGCGCUCCCGCAUCCGCCGCCUCCGCACCUGUCGGUGCCACCGCGGCCCUGGAGCUACCCGCGCCAAGCGGAAUCGGACAUGUCCAAACCACCGUGUUACGAAGAAGCGGUGCUGAUGGCCGAGCCGCCGCCGCCCUACAGCGAGGUGCUCACGGACACGCGCGGCCUCUACCGCAAGAUCGUCACGCCCUUCCUGAGCCGCCGCGACAGCGCGGAGAAACAGGAGCAGCCGCCUCCUAGCUACAAGCCGCUCUUCCUGGACCGGGGCUACAACUCGGCGCUGCACCUGCCCAGUGCCCCUCGGCCCGCUCCGCCCUGCCCAGCCCUCUGCCUACAGGCCGACCGCGGCCGCCGGGUCUUCCCCAGCUGGACCGACUCAGAGCUCAGCAGCCGCGAGCCCCUGGAGCACGGAGCUUGGCGCCUGCCGGUCUCCAUCCCCUUGUUCGGGAGGACUACAGCCGUAUAGAGGGGCGCCCGGCGCCCCGGGCCCCACCGGCGAACUCCUGGCCUGACUGCGGGGCUUUUUAAAUGCUUCCCUGGACUGCGGGGAGGGGCGGGGGGGAGGGAGGGAUUUCUUAUCCCGUUUGUUACAUUUUGAGGAUAAUAAAGGUGUGUGAUCCGGUUUGGUACAA